AUGGAUAAAUUUGUUGAUCCACCAAGAACUUUAUAUGAUGAAAUAGGUGAACAGGAACAUGAUGCUUUUGUUACUAUCAAGUCAGCUGAAGAGAAUAUAGAACGAGAUUGGCAAAGGAUGGUAGAUCAACUUCAACACGAAAAUGCAAGUUUGAUACAUUCGCUUCAUGAGGCUAUGGAGGAUAUUAUCAAAUUUAAACGCGAAAAGGACGAUUUGAUAAGAAUGAUGAAGGAACAAAAAGAGAUGCAUGAUACAGCCCAAAGACAUUUGAUCGAAAGAAUAAAUCAGCUCGAGAAGCCCAAGGAGAUUAAUGAUCGAGAAUUGGAUCUAAUAUUUCAAAAGAAUUACUUGAUGAUGGAAAAUAGACAAUUAAAAGAAAGUGAGUCAAGAUUACUGGAUUAUCUUGACGUCCAACGGCCUCUUUUGACACAAGUAAGCAAGUGGAGAUCAAUUGUGUAUGCCAUCAUGGCAGUAAAUCGAUUUACAAAAAGUAAUAAAAAAUGA